GCCUCAGCCACCCAGAAGUUCCGCAACUUCAGGAGAGCUGGGCAAGGCUGCAGUUGCCAAGCAGCGUCACACUGAAGGCACUGGCAGGGAAGGGGGAGAUUUUCGGCUCCCUUUGCACCGUCUGGCUGCUGGAUUCCUCUGAGGGCCAGUGCAGUCUGCUGUGUAAUUACAGCGCUGCCCACGGGCACCUCACCAGAGGAGUGGAGAGAGGGGGCACCAGUGCAGCUCUCAUGCUCCGUGAAGUGGCCCUGCUCUGUUGCUAGCUUGGCAGCCAGUUGGUCUCGGCUUGGAGGAUUGGGCCUCUCAUGGUGUUUGUCGCCACUGCUGUGAGGCCAGCCUGCUGCCACCCAUUCUGGCUCCUAGGAUUUGUCCUGCUGCUGCUGCUGCCUGGGGCUUGCGGUCAGUGUGGGGCCCUGCCAAGCCUGAGUCAUGCCAUCCCUUCUGGUACUAAUCACACAGAGGGCUUCCCUAUCGGCACAGAAGUGACAUACAAGUGCAGUGCUGGCUUUGUUAAAAUCCCAGGAAAGUCAGACACUGUCGUUUGCCUUUCAAACUCACAGUGGUCAAACAUAGAAGAGUUUUGUGGUCGCAGCUGUCUUGCCCUGCCAAGGUUAAAGUCUGCUGUGUUAAGUGAUGAGGAUUUGAGGAAGAAUUACUACCCUGUUGGGACCAGUGUGAGUUAUAUCUGUCGCCCAGGGUAUGAGAGAACUGAACUGAGUCCUGUCAUUACUUGUCUUGAAAAUUUAACAUGGGGGGAAGCCCCUGAGUUUUGUCUAGGAAAAUCUUGUGGUGUUCCAAAAAGCCCAGAACAUGGCAGACUUGUUGAUGCAACAAAUAACCGGUUUGGUGCAAAAGUAAACAUACUUUGUGAUGAUGGUCAUAAUUACCCAGGACAAACCCACAACUGUCCCUCCCAAAGGAACAGAAGUAACUGGCACUUCCUCAGGUUCUGCGCUAAAUACAGCUGGCAACUCUACUGCACUUGAAGGUGGAGGGCUUGGCAUACUCAUUGACAUAGGCAUUGGCACCAGUAUUGGCAUCGUAGUUCUUGGUGCAGUUGCUGCAAUUAUACCAUUGGCAGUUUUGAAGAAAA